AUGGCGCCCGACGCUACACCCUUCCUCUCUGGUCGCAAGGUCGUCGUCUGCGGCGCCGGCCUCGCCGGCCUGACCUUUGUGCUGUCCCUCCUGCAGACCUGGGACGCCGCGGUGCCGGCGCCCGAGGUGCUUCUCGUCGACGCCGACGGCCGCGACGAGAGCCUCGCGCGCGGCCGCUACGACCUGCAGCUCAACGCCGACACGGAGGACUCGGCGCUCGUCGGGCUCCGCGACCUCGGCCUCCUCGACGACGUGCUCGCCCAGGCCGUCACGCGCAACAACCCCGACGCCACCAUGCACGUCUGGGACAAGGCGUGGAAGUCGCUCGUCACCAUCAAGCCCAAGCUCGUCGAGGGCUUCGCCACAGGCGGCGUCCGCAUCCCCCGCUCCGCCCUCCUCGCCCUCCUGGUCGCGGCCGUCGAGGCGCGCACCAAAAUCAGCUGGGGCACCGCCGUCCAGGACGCCACGCGGCUCCCCGACGGCACCCUGCGCGUGUCGCUGCUCGACAAGACCGCCGGGGGCGCUGCCGCCUCGCAGGUCCUGUGCGACCUGCUCGUGGCCGCCGACGGCGACGAGAGCACCCUGCGCCGCAUCUUCCGCCCCGACGACGUCACCAAGCUCACCGGCCACGUCGCCAUGGGCGGCCAGGUGGACUUUGGGGACCGCGCGAGCGCCCCGGCGCCGCUGACGCGCGACUUUGGCAUCGUCGUCGGCGGCGACGGCGUCGCCUCGGCGCUCGUGCAGCUCAACAACAACGGCAAGCUGCUGUGGUCCGUCUUCAAGGAGGAGAAGACGCCGCGCGCCACGUACGACAACACCGACGCCGCCGCCUUUGCCGCGCUGCUCGACGAGGCCCGCGCCACGUCCAAGAGCAUCGCCGAGCCGCUGCCCUCGCUCAUCCGCCAGACGAGGCAGGACACGAGCUUCGCGCGCCCGGUGCGCGAGCGCGACGCCUUUGCCCACGACGCCCCCGCCCUGCGCGGCGUCAUCUUCCUCGGCGACGCUAAUCGCUAUGUCAGCGUGUACAUGAACAACGGCGGCGCCCUGGCCAUCCGCGACGGCAUCGGCCUCGCGCAGGAGCUCAAAGCCCACACCUCGCUCGAGGCCGCCACGGCCGCGUACGACAAGGCAGCCCUGGCGCGCAGCACAAAGGCCAUCAAGGCCGGCCGGCAGACGAUGACCACGGCGCACCUCAGCGGCUGGAAAUGGAGCGUGGCCAAGACGGCCUUGUCGGCGGGAAGCUUGCUCACGGGCAACUGA